CAGGGCCAGGGCGCAUGGAGGGGCUACUGACAAGAUGCAGACCACUGGCCACCCGCAGCCCCCAGUUCUGCCAAGGCCUGCCCCCCAGGUAUCACCACUGUGCCCCAGGGAAAAGGAAGCGCCUGGUUCUGUCCCGGAUGUUCCAACCACAGAACUUGCGGGAGGACCAGGUGCUCUCCCUGGAGGGCAGAUCUGGUGAACUGACCUGUAAGAGCCAGCAGCUGAUGCUGCGGGUGGGCCUGAUCCACCCGGCCAGCCCUGGCUGCUACCAUCUCCUGCCUUACUCCGUCCGGGCCCUGGAGAAGCUGGUGCAGGUGAUAGACCAGGAGAUGCAGGCCAUCGGCGGGCAGAAGGUCAACAUGCCUAGCCUCAGCCCUGCCGAGCUCUGGCGAGCCACUGGCAGGUGGAACCUGAUGGGUAAGGAGCUGCUCCGACUCAGAGACAGACACGGCAAGGACUACUGCCUGGGCCCCACGCACGAGGAAGCCAUCACAGCCCUGGUCGCCUCCCAGAAGACUCUGUCCUACAAGCAGCUCCCGUUCCUGCUGUACCAGGUGACAAGGAAGUUUCGCGAUGAGCCCAGGCCCCGCUUUGGGCUCCUCCGGGGCCGAGAGUUUUACAUGAAGGACAUGUACACCUUCGAUGCCUCUGCAGAUGCUGCACGGGAGACCUACAGUCUGGUGUGUGAGGCUUACGGGCGCCUGUUUGACAGGCUCGGGCUACACUGCGUGAAGGUCCAGGCUGAUGUGGGCAGCAUUGGGGGCACCAUGUCUCACGAGUUUCAGCUCCCCAUGGCGGUGGGAGAGGACCGCUUUGCCAUGUGCUCCAGCUGCAGCUUCUCUGCCAACAUGGAGACCCUGGAUUUGUCACAGAACAACUGCCCAGCCUGCCAGGAGCCCUUGACCGAGACCAGAGGCAUCGAGGUGGGGCACACAUUCUACCUGGGCACAAAGUACUCUUCUGUCUUCAAUGCCCGCUUUACCAAUGAGCGUGGGGAGCCAUCCCUGGCUGAGAUGGGCUGCUAUGGUUUGGGGGUGACCCGGAUCCUCGCUGCUGCCAUUGAGAUGUUCUCCACAGAAGACUGUGUGCGCUGGCCAGGCCUCCUGGCCCCUUACCAGGUCUGCCUCGUCCCCCCAAAGAAGGGCAGUAAGGAAGCAGCGGCCACAGAGCUCGCGGAGUUCCUGUAUGACCAGAUCACAGAAGCGGUGCCCCAGCUCCGUGGUGAGCUCCUGUUGGACGACCGGACCCACCUAACCAUUGGGAAUAGGCUGAAGGACGCGAACAUGCUCGGCUACCCCUUCGUGAUCGUCGCUGGCAAGAGGGCCCUGGAGGACCCUGCGCAGUUUGAGGUGCGGUGCCAGAACACCGAGGAGGUGCUUUUCCUCAGCAGAGAAGGUGUCCUCGAUUUACUGAGUCGAGUGCAGGUGGUCUGAGAGCCCAAGCACAGCUGUGGGGUUCAUCCGCACCCUCUUUCCUAUGCUCCCUGCAGAGCUGGUCUCUGAAGCUAUGUAAGAACUGCA